ACUACACUUAUGGCUCAGAGGCGAUAGAGAAGACAACAGAGUGGUGAAGAACUCCUCAAUAUCCAGUUGUGCUCUUUCUAUUACAUGGACUUUACUUGCUAAGAUAUUCAGACAUGAACGGGAUGAGAAUUCAGUUGGUGUGUUUGAUGCUCCUUGCAUUCACUUGCAGUGGGAUGUGUACAGACUCGGAAGAAGAGAUGAAAGCACUUGAGGCAGAUGUACUCAACAACAUGUACUCCUCCAAGGUGAAUAAAGCAAGAAUCUCGUAUUGGAAAAUAACCCUGUUAAAUGUAUGUAACCUUAUAAAUAAUUUAAAUGAUCAAGCUGAAGAAAUGGAUGAAAAUGGGGAAGAAGAUAUCCCAAUAAGAAAACAAUUCCCAACAUCAACAGAUGGAUUUAAUUUGGAAGCAAUGUUGACGAUAUACCAACUUCAGAAGAUUUGUCAAAGCAGAGUGUUUCAACAUUGGGAGUUUCUUCAACAAGAUUACUUGGAUCCCAGCAACUCAAACAGUGAAAAGGAAGAACUUGUGAAGAGGAAAACCCCUUACAUUUUAAAAAGACAGACACAUGUUAGCAAAGCAAGAAGACCCUACAUACUCAAAAGGGGUUCUUAUUACUAAUAUAUAUACAUAAUGAAAAUAAGAUGUGUUUAAUUUAUACGUACAUGUGAUUUAUUGUUAUUUUGCUUACAAUUAAAAUUAUAUCUGUGCCAUAAAUAUAUUCCAAAAAUAUUGUCCAUAAUAUACAGUAAAUGUAUUUUUAUUGAUGUUCUUUCUUAAAUGUGAUUUAUUUUUAAUCAAAUCAAUCAUUUAUCUGGAUUUAAUAAGUUUUGAAAAUAAAUACCAUUUCUCUGCA